UUCAACAGUCCACUGGAAACGUCACGUACAAACGCGAGUCGAAGUGUUGCAGUUUACGGUAGCAGAUAAAAUAGUGCAGGUUCAAAUGAUACCUGUGCUUGCUGUGUACGUAAGUAAGAACACUAUGUAGGUAUUUAAAUGAGAAGCUACGAAUGGCUGAAUAGCUAUCAGCUAUUUUCACCGCCUUUCCGACUAUCCGUACGGACUCCACAGUUCUACAGUAUCUAGUGUAACAAUAAAGUAAAUGUUAUUUAUUUAAACGCUGAGAUCAGUGGUCCCAUCAAAACAGAAACGAAAUAUAAUCGGAAGCAAGUAUGGACCGCGGAGGGUGUCGUUUAAAUGGUGGAGGGGGCGAAAGUCAGGGUAGCGAGGACAACAGGCCGGGCAUGGGAUCCCAUUCCGGGAUGAUUACACUGGAAGAUCUCGAAUCUUUCUCGGAGGACCAGCUCUCCGACUCCGGGAACGGGAGCCUGGAAGAGGGCGAAACCAUGGAGGAGGAGGACGAGAAUCAGGACAGGCUGCUGCAUUACUGGCAGGACGUGGCGAGGGGACAUCGUGUGGAGGUGCCUGGAGACAUGGCAGAGCCAAUCCAGCAGCUCACCAGCAACAAUAACGGCUCACACACCCGCGAGAGGGUCCCCUUCUCGCUCAUCACCCGAAAGGAGAAGUGUGGGGAUGUGCACUACGAGAAGCGCCACUAUGAGAAAGCUCAUUGGGCCUGCAUCACGGUCUCAGAGGAAACGUACGAGCAGAGCAUCUGCUACGGCUUCAUGAGGAUCAUGAGAUACAUCUGCCAGCAAAACGCAACAGGUAACUACCUGGGCAUGACACUACCCAUCGUCACCGUGGUGCGCACCGAUGCAACGCGUAGGGACCUGGCGCGAUCCGUCACCGUGGGCUACUUCCUGCCUGAGCAGCACCAGGCCCAGCCCCCACAGCCUAUCGACUCGGACAUCACCAUCGAGGAGUGGUCCGCCGCCAUUAUCUACGCCAGGGCUUUCACUGGUCCUACUAAUGAAGUCACCAUCAUGAGUGAGAUCCAAGCCAUGGCAGAGGCUCUGGACACACCUGACGACUGCGUCAACGAUACCUUCAUCAUCGCCGGUUACACCAACCCUGCCCACGCCAACCGACAGAACGAGAUCUGGUUCAUGGAGAAGCGCUGAACGCCUGGAUUUGAAACUUUAUGGACUGCUCUCCCUUUUUCCCACCAUCCUCCCAGACUAACUCCACCCAAGUUUAAUCCAAACUGACCCUUCUUGCCCCAUUCACUGAAUCUAAUACGUCGGUUUGGAUAAAAGCGUCUGCUAAAUGACUAAAUGUAAAUGUAAUCCCAGCACACCCCCUUGACCAGUUUGUAACCCCUCAUACAGGCACACCUCUACCGUCCUCCCUUAUUUUAGGAGUGAGUAUUGGGCCGGG